UCCCCGCUAGGCGAGUGUGCGCGGAGAAAAUUUAUGAAAAAUAAAAAGAAAGAAAUGGCAGUUAUUAGAGAGAAAGAAAAUUGUUCAAGAAAAAUUAAUGGAAAUAUACCUGCAUUAUCUCUCAAUAGUGAUAAUAUGUCGACAUCCACCGAUAGCGACGACAUAGCAGAUCCAACAUAUGAAAUUAGAAAUAUUCAAAGCAUUAUAAAUGUGACUCGUGAAAACAUUGACGCUCUUAACGCGAGGUUUGCUGAUUUGCAAAAUCCUCCUUCCUUGUAUCUAGCGGAAUACCAGGAGCUGACGGCGAAACUGCAUAAUUAUGAGCUUAGGGAACGAACUUUACGUGAAUUGCUACAAUCCGAGUCGCCGGAUAGGAGUGAGGAAUAUUCGUGGCAGGAUGACUCGAAAAAGUACGAUACUCUUACGCGACAACCUAAAGUGUUUCUUAGGGCUUACCUACCCAACCAGCAGCGCACUAGCGUGCAGGUGAAAGAGGGUGUGACUCUUCGGGAGGCGUUGACGAAGGCUUUGAAACUUCGUAACCUUACUUACGAGGCUUGCGAAGUCGUGAAGACCCAAACUCAGGAAGUAGUUCCUUGGAAUAUUGAUCUAACUAUGAUCGAUGCGGAGGAAGUGACAGUAAGACCAAUAUCAAAGCCAGAGUUUACCUCAUAUAUGCCCCAUCAGUUGACGAGAAAGACAUUUUUUACAUUAGCAUUCUGUGAAUGUUGUAGACGACUUCUGUUUAAUGGAUUUUACUGUUCUCAGUGUAAUUUUAAAUGCCACCAGCGCUGUGCAGACAAAGUGCCUAGUUUUUGUCAUCAAUUUAGACUAACAGAUGCAUACUAUGCAUCACUCCUAGCAAAGAAUCCAGACUCCCAGGCUGGACAUAUGUAUAUACCUGCCCAUAUGAACUAUUUUCAAGACAAGCAGCAGCACCCGCGCUCGCUGAACCAGCAGGACCGGUCGAACAGCGCGCCCAACGUGUGCAUCAACAUGGUGCAGCGACCCAUGACGCUGGCGGAACACCAGAGGAAGCAGAAUCAGAGCAACAAUUCACCACAAUCGUCAAACUACCUGACGUCGGGUCGGCACAACAGAGACGACAAGGACAGAGGCGACCCGCAGCAGAGCCAGAGCACACAAGCGUCACCGACGGGCACGUUACGACCGCGGCGGGCACGCGCGCGCUCGGCCGACGAGUCGUGGAAGCACGCGCUGUCGCCGCGAGAGAGCUACGACGACUGGGUUAUACACGCUGACGAGAUACUCAUCGGUGCUAGGAUAGGUUCUGGGAGUUUCGGGACGGUGUACAAGGCGCACUGGCACGGCCCCGUCGCCGUCAAGACGCUCAACGUCAAAACUCCCACGCCCGCCCAGCUGCAGGCAUUCAAAAACGAGGUGGCGGUACUCCGCAAGACGCGGCACUGCAACAUCCUGCUGUUCAUGGGGUGCGUGUCGACGCCGUCGCUGGCGAUCGUGACGCAGUGGUGCUCGGGCAGCUCGCUGUACCAGCACCUGCACGUGCUGGAGACGCCGCUGCCCAUGCUGUACCUCAUCGACGUGGCGCGACAGACCGCGCAGGGCAUGGACUACCUGCACGCCAAGAACAUCAUACACAGGGACCUGAAAUCAAAUAACAUAUUUUUAAGAGACGACUGGUCGGUGAAAAUAGGCGAUUUCGGACUGGCGACGGCGAAAGUGCGGUGGUCAGAUUCAUCAUCAUCGGGCGGCGUGCAGUGGCAGCAGCCGACGGGUUCCAUCCUGUGGAUGGCGCCGGAGGUGAUCCGCAUGGAGGAGCCGGCGCCGUACACGUUCCGGUCCGACGUGUACGCGUACGGCGUCGUGCUGUUCGAGCUGAUGGCCGGAGAGCUGCCGUACUCGCAUCUCAAUAAUAAGGACCAGAUACUGUGGAUGGUGGGUCGCGGUCUGCUGCGGCCGGAGGCGCGGCGGCUGCGGCAGGACGCGCCGGCCGCGCUCAAGCGACUGUUCGAGGACUGCAUACAGUUCGUGCGAGAGCAGCGCCCGCUGUUCCGACAGAUCCUGGCGGCGCUAGAGGCGAUGCUGCGCGCAUUACCCAAGAUAACGCGCAGCGCGAGCGAGCCGGGACUGCGGCGGCACGCGUCCGACGACCUGCUCGCCUACUGCGCCUCGCCCAAGACGCCGGUCAACUUCCACUUCCACCCCGACACCAGCUUCCCCGCAUUCUACCCAAUCCCUGUGCCCAACCAACGUCACACCUAAAGUCCCGACUCCCGAGAGCAUGUACCCGGCUCUUACCUCAAUGAAAAAUGAAAUGUACCCAGCGUAGGUGCAUUUUAAGCUGGUAUCUUGCCUUUUAACUAUACUCCGCUUCUGUUAAUAUUGCUGUAAAUGUAAACAAAGAAGGGCUAUAAUGCUACUAAUUCGAAUGUCGCGAAACGGCGCAAUGAAAACUGCAUAUUGAAUAUUUGGUCGAAUUUCAAUUGUUUACAUUUAGAACGAAAUAAAAGGAGUGUAUAUGCAUAUAUUUUUAUAUGACGAAAUGUAGAUGUAAAUUUUCACAAGCAAGGCCACGAAAGCCGAGAAGUGGCGCUCUUAUAUAUCGACAAUCAUUGUAAAGACAAGAAAUUUCAUUCCAAAGCGCCCUUACAAGAUCUCUAGUAUAUUUUUACCUUUUCAAAAAUAAACUAAGAAUAUUUUCAUAAAAUACGUAAGUUUCAUAGCUUAUUUAGUCAUACAAUGUGGAAUAUGGAUUUCCUUUUUACGAUAUGUUUUGUUUAGUAAGGGUGAAGCCAAACGAGCGUAAUUU